AUGACUAAGCUGGAGGACCACAUGGAGGGGAUCAUCAAUGUGUUCCACCAGUACUCAGUCCGGAGGGAGCACCCUGACAAGCUUUCCAAGGGUGAGAUGAAGCAGCUGAUCACAAGAGAACUUCCAAAUGCCCUCAAGAACACCAAAGAUCAAGCUGCCAUCGACCAGACAUUCAAAGAGCUGGACACUGAUAAAGAUGGAGAGCUCAGCUUCCCCGAAUUCGUAUCCCUCCUGGCCCGUGUGCUCAUCACUGCCCACGAGGAUAUCCACAAGGAAUAG